CUGAAAUAGGAAAUCUCAACAAAUAAUAUACACAGUUAUAAUAAUAUGAUAAAGUAAUUCCAUGUUUAUAAUAUUACAAAAUUUAUAAAAUGGAUAAUAAAACAAUAUUUGGUUAUAAUAUAUAGGAGAGAAGUUUUUGGAAGCACAUCCUAAUCAUAAUAUAACAAAAUAGAAUUCAAUUUAAACAAAGAAUUUCCAUAUUUAUUCUGUGUAUACGAAUUAUACGAAUUACUUUGAUUCAUUCAUCAAAACUAUAAUCGCUUCGCUACUACCAAACUAUGCCUAACAUGAUUAAGUCAAAUCAUGUGAAUGAUUUUAUGAAUGAUCGUGAUUUAAAUCAUAUCAAUUACAGUGGAAUUCAUCAAACAAAUGGAUAUACAAAUAAAUCAAAUAAUUCUACUGGACGUUAUACAAUUUUAUCAAAAUCGACAACAAUAAGAAAUGGAACAAAUAAAGGUUCUUAUCAUCCUGCUAGUCAUUAUUUUCAAUUGGAUACAACAAAACGUUCUCAUUCACAACAAAGUAUAGGAUCAAAUAUUUCUAAUGGAUCUAUAAAUAGUUACAAUGAUACAAAUAAUUCAUCAAAGAAUUCUACUAAUGGUAUUCAUCAAUUAUUAUCUCCAUCUGGUGAUAAAUUAAAUGGUAUACAUACAAAUUUAAUUAAAUAUCCUGAUAUACAACAUACAAAAUCUCAUUCAAUUUCAUCUACAUUAUUAUUACGUGAUGGAAAUUUAUUAAAACCAACAAGUGUAUAUCGUGAACAAAGUCGUUCAGUUGGUGGAAGUUUAUCUUGUGGUCAACCAAGUCCAACAUCAACUGUUGAAGAUAAUAAUACAACUGUAUUUUCACCAACGAAUACAAAUACACUUGAUAUUCAAAAUAAUAAUCGUACUAUAUGGUUAUAUCAAUCUGAAUUAAAUUUACCAACAAAUAGUGAAGAUACUAGUCUUGAUUCUAUAAUAACACCAUAUAAACGUUCUGAAAGUCAACAAAUAACUAUUAUACCAGAAUUUGAUUAUAGAAAUCGUAAUCAUACAACUAAUAAUAUUUCAUAUAAUCCAUACGUUAAUAAAUAUAAUUCAGUGAGUUCUGCCAUGUUGUACACUGGUAAUAAUACAAAUCAACGUAACAUUACAAAUGAAGACUAUAUGAAUAAUUAUGUAUCAGGUCCAAGCUUUCGUAAAAUUCAAACUCUUCAUAAUGGAAAUGCAACACAGAAACGUUUUCCAUCAGAUACUACACUUAAUUCAACAACAAGAGAAGGAGCUCAAAUAUAUACAUCAGGCAGUCGCCCUGGCCCAGUGACAAUCCCUGCUCGAAGCAGAAGUGCACAGCCUAGUCCAGGUCCAAGUCCAACCAUCAGUCCUGUAACAUGUUUUCGAGCUUCUGAAAAUAAUUUGAUACCAGGUUCUGGAGGAGAGAAAAAUUCAUAUACAGCAACAUCACAAAAAAUUAAUUUAAAUGUUACAAAUGUACAACGACGUGGUUCUUCACCUUCUAGAGUUGAACAUAACAAUGUAAAUUCAUUUUCUUCUGAUGCACCAGAGGAAGACAAUGAAGCUCACAUUUUACCGUCAGUUAGAGAAAUUAUACGUCAAGUUGAAGCUAUGACACAAUCAAAUGCUGCCACAUCAACUACCGAUAUAUUUACUCUUGGUCUUAAUAAUGGAACAACAGGGAAUCAUUCCAUUCAAAAAGAAAAUAAUCAACAAUCACAAUUAUCAAAACAACGUAAAGUAAAUUCAACUAAUGAUAAUCAAUUUGCACGAACUGGUAUACUUAGACAAUGUGGUAGUAGUCAACGAACACCAAGUGCACCACAGCUUAGAACAGCUAAUUAUGGUAAUUCACAAAAGUAUACACCUAUUCAAGCAAAAUUCAAUGCAGCUGUCGCUUCAAAUUCACAAAAUACUACAGCACCUCCUGUUCCACCUCAUGGAAUUGCACGUAAUAAACCAAUUAUUGGAUCAUUUACCAGAAGAAUUGAACCAUUAACUAAUGAUUCAAAUAAACAAACAGAUUUUACAAAUGUAACUAGUGCACCGAAAAAGUCUGAACUAUUAAGCCAUCUACCUACGGAUUAUCAAAAGUUACGUGAAGCAUUUAUUGAACAAAGAAGAGAAAUUCAACGUCUUCGUAAACAAAUAGCAGAAAAAGAUUUACAAAUUGCCCAAUUAGAAGGUGAUAUACGAUUAUAUGAACCAUGGCGUUAAAUGACAAGUUAAAAAAAAAUAAGGCUUUAAUUAUUGGUAAAAUGAAAAAAAAGAAAAGGGAAAAAGAAAAACGAAAACAAACAAACCACCAUUUUCUUUUACAUUACGAUUCUUCUUCUUGGUAUUAAUCAAAACGUGCCUCUUUUUUUUCCGAAAUUCUUUUUUGUUUAUGGAUUAUUAUGCAUUGAAAACCAAUAGAAUCAUAUAUAUAUAUAUAUAUAUAUAUAUAUAUAUAUAUAUAUAUAUAUAUAUAUAUGUUCGGAUUAUUCUAUGCAACAUUAUUUAAUAUCAUUUAGGCAUUCAAUACUACUACUAACACUACUGAUAAUAAUAUUAUAGUAACUAACAAUGAUGUAUGUGUGCGAUGCAUUUCUACUCAACAUGUUUAUUAUUAUUAACUUUAUACCUUGUCUACAAAUUAUCUUUACACAUUAUUAUUAUGAUGAUUUGAAGUGAACUGGAUGGAAAUAAAGUAGUAUCUUUCUUUUUAUAUGAUAUGUUGUCUAAUUGUAAUAUGCAAUCUUAUUUAUGUUAAUAUCAAUUAGUUAAUCUUGUUAUAAUACGUUGUACGUGUAUACUGUGCAUACUUUCAUUUCUUUUCCAAACAUGAUUGUUGUUCCUUUUUGUUUGUUUGUUAAUCUUUAUUUCUCUCUCUUUAACCGUCUCCCUCUCUCUCUCUGUGUCUCUCUCUUAUUAUUGGUGUCAUUAGAAAUAUGUUAUAAUCAGAAAGAAAAAGUAAAUAGACAACUAUGAUUUGGAUUUAU